CAUAAAGUCUUAUAUUUUGCUCUCUAAGGAACAAUUUCCAUACAAAGCAAAGAGGUUGUAGAACUCCCACAAUGGUUCUGCUGCAACGGUUAGGACAAGGCGUUAGAAACAUUCCAGGUCGCUGUAAUUCAGAGAUAUUCUCAAGGCAAACAGGCAUUCGUCGUAGAAUAAUCCUCACCAAUGCUAUCCACUACACAAGUUUAAUCACCAAACCAAAGUCAAAAGUUGAGGCCAAAGUAGACUCUGCCCUCAAACAUAGUUUGGCCGAGAGGGAUCGAAGAAAGCGGAUCAACAAACAGUUUGAUAAGCUCCGCAACAUCCUUCCAAACUUGACCAAAAUAGAUAAGGCAUCAGUGUUAACGGAGGCAGUCUGGCGAGUUAAGGACCUGCAGAAGAAAGUAGAAGGGUUGAAAGCAGCUAGUCAUGGAAGAAUGGCUCGUGUGCUACCUGGUGAAACGGAUGACUUUAGUCUGCUUUACUUUGAGAACAAUGGUGGGUUCGUGAAGGCAACUUUCAGCUGUGAUGACAGGCGAGAUCUGGUCCCUGAUCUGACAAAGGCAUUGCAAUCGGUGAAAGGGCAGGUGGUGAGGACUGAGAUGGUGGUGGUCGGUGGGAGGAUUAAGGGGGAGCUAUGGAUGAAGGGGGUCAGCGGAAAUGAGGCGAUGCGGGUGCUCAAGAGGGCGUUGCAGAUGGUUGUGGCUAGGCCUAAUUUAUCGGAUUGUGCUCAAUGAUCAUUCGUUGUAAAUAUAAAGAAAAGUAUCUCAAAAUUCAGACUCAGGAUUGAAGAACUUGUUCUAAGAGAGGCAUGAUUGUUAAUAUACUCUCCCUUACUUU